CUUUACGCUUUUAUGCCUCAUCGGAGGAAACCAAAUGCUGAGCCCUAAAAUCAUAAUUUCCGAUUUUGGCACAUCCUCUGUAACUCUGUUAGCGUUGAAGGCUUCCGAGUUCUUAGGAAUCAAGCGGCCACCGCCCAUCUCGCCGGCGAUCAAGCCUCUUUCUCUCUCUCUCAGCUAACGUAUAGAGCGAAAUCCAACAAAGUAUCAUCAAUAAUAACGAGUGGCGCUUUGCCGGCGAACUCUUCUUUUGCGAGGCCAGCGCCUCUGCCCUGCUCAAUCCCCGGUAGAAUCGAGAGCGAGAACUUGAAAGGGGAAGGAGCAGCCAAUUAUUUUCAAUAUCUCCCUGUAUUCGUGGGGAUUGAGCAAUGGUGUCGGGGCUGAUAAACGCCAAUCCCGUCGUCUACGAAAAGAAAGAGCGGCGGCAACGUCCUGCUUCUAUCCCCGAUGCGGACGAGUAUUCUGCCGAGGCCAUCGACCAGCUGGAAGUGUUUGAUCAUGUGAGAGACAUAAAGGAUCCAGAGCACCCCUACUCAUUGGAGGAGCUUAAAGUUAUAUCAGAAGAUGCGAUCGAAGUGGAUGAUAGGCGUAGUUAUGUUAGUUGCUUCAGGGUGACAUUUACUCCGACAGUGGAGCAUUGUAGCAUGGCGACUGUUAUCGGUCUUUGCUUGCGAGUUAAGCUUAUGAGAAGCCUGCCAUCUCGUUACAAGGUGGAUAUCAGGGUUGCACCAGGAACCCAUGCAACUGAAGCUGCAGUGAAUAAACAGCUAAAUGAUAAGGAGAGAAUAGCAGCAGCAUUGGAGAACCCUAACCUAGUGGACAUGGUUGAUGAAUGCUUGGCUCCAUCGUACGCUUGAAACCAGAUGUCAUAAUCUCAGCCAAAUGACACAGUCAGAGAUGUUUCUUCCAUCGAAGUGAAUGCGCAUCAUGUAAUGCAUCAUCCAACGACCUGUGUUCACUUGUUGCUCUGCUUCUGUAUACGUGUAGGGAAAGAACAAACUGUAGAUUGUAACCAGUUAUAGGCAACUUGUUUUCGCUUUGAUUUAAUCUGUGUUGGAUUACCUUUGGGUUCUUUGUAAUGAAUAUGCCGUACUCUGAGAUGAGACCAAUAAAGGGUAUCUGUGAUAGAACCCUGGAGAUGAUCCUUCUUGCCUAUCAAUUCUCCGUUGCCUGGCUCCUUCGUAUCGAUCAUAGGCUUGCAAAGUCGUGACUUCUGAUGAAAAUGCAGCAGCUGGAGA